ACAACAAAAGGAAUGACUACUCCCCCUUCGAAUGUCAAAGCAGUGAGAUUCAAUGAGGAAGUAGAGGAAACAGAGCUGACAGGGAGAUGGAGUUUUCUGAGAUACCUCCUCACUCUUAACGACGAACUGAACCUACAGAGAGUGGCGGAUACUUUGGAGGACCGAGGAGCAUUGACUCCGUCACAAAAAGACCAGAUCCUACAACAAACUUCCGACCGGGAAAAGACCGAGAAAUGCCUGGAGCUGGUAAAGAAGUCCGGUUCUAAGUCUUACAGUCUAUUGUGUGAAGUAUUGAAAGACUGUGGUUACAGUCAUAUUGUAGAAUCCCUUCAAGCUGAACAAGGCGAAGACAGUGAAUAUACUGACGAGUCUGAGCAGCUUCUGUUAAAUAUUAAAGAUUUAGAGAUCUCAAAUAUCACGUUCACACCAGACAUAGGAACAACACCAUCCGGGGAUCUCUCCGUAGUAGGAAUGAAAAUGUCGUUAACCGAUCUCGCCAAAGAUACAAAAGCAUCACAGAAAGACAUCGCCAUUGUGAUACAGAAACAAUCCGACUUGGAACACCAUCUCGAGGAAGUCAUGAAGUCACUGGACCACGCCAAGGAGGCACUAGCACGCGAACGCGAGGAGAAAUUGCAACUUCAAGAGCAAUUGAGUACCAGAACUGACGAUUUGGAGGAUAUGCAGCGGAAAUAUCGCGAGUUACAGAAGGCUAUGGGAAAACUUAAGGAAACUAACAAUAAAUAUCACGAAAAAGUGACAAAACUUCAAAUUGACAAUGAAGAGUUACGAAAAAGCACAAAGGACAAAGGAAACUUACAGACAGAGCUAGAAUCGAAAAAGGAAGAGAUAACUUCCCUGAAGAAGCAAAUUGAAGAACAGAAACUACAGAUCACGGACCAGCAGUCCUUGAUCAGCGACCGGCUGGGAGUGAUCGAUAACAUAGCAACUGAACACCAAAAGUUAAGUGAUGGACAAUCAAAGCUUGAAAGUUUGAUCAACAGACAAAGCGAGCAAAUAACGACUCUACUGACAGAAAAGGAGAGUCACAAGGUACAUUUGUCCAAUCAGCAGCAGCAACUCAACUUCCAACACAACUCCAUCCUGAUGCUGCAAGAGAGCAUGGAAAAGCUGCAGCAGCAGCUAGAAACGCAGGCCGAGCAGAACGUUAUAGGUAUCUACCCGUCAGAACAACAUCAUCGCCCAAGGCGCGGGGCGCCCUCCAAACAACCUGUCUACUACAGACCCUUCAACUCUACUGGCAAACCAGAGAACUCCAAGAAUACGUUCUGGAAACACCCACAAGAUAACAGAGGCAGGCAUAAAUGACAACUUAAAAUAGUUAUAUGAAAUAUAAGCUUAUUGUUUAUUUAUAUGAGGUACAUUGCCGACAAAGUGUAAUAAGGAUCGAUUGAAAACAAAAAUUAGACUGAUGUAUAUUUUUUAUACAAUACCAAAAGUUACAUACUUCAUGUUCUUAACACCACUGGGCCAAAAGAUUUAAUCUAAAAGUGGAUUAAUAUUUAACUGUAUACCAAAGAAUUGCAAUAAAACUUACGGUCCUUUUUUUUUUUUUUUAUAAGUGACCAUAAUUAAGACGCAGCCAUCAUAAUUUAACCUGCUGGUGCACGAUAAAUUUCUAUAACGUGAGUGCUAUUUUUUUUUUUUUUUAUUUUCUUUUUUCAUUUUUGAAUUUUUGUAAAAAGUAGUGCUAUAUCAUUGCAGAAGGGGAAGCAUAUUUAAAGGUAUUCCAGCGAUUAGAGACAAGUCGGGAAUUAAAUUACUAAAAUAUUUGACUUUAUUCUAGAAAGUAAAUAUAGAAGCAUUAUGAUAAGGAAAAUACUUGUUUGUGCAUAAUAUCAUAUAGUUUUCAAAUUUACCAUUUUCUGCACUAGCGAUAAUAUGUAAUUAAAUGUUACUAAAACUACACGAAAGAAAGCCAUCAGAACUGCUCAUAUCGUGACGCUUAUCAUAAAAACUUGAAAAUAACUUGACAAGAGUACUACUUGCAAUUUAGCCACAUAUGUUAAGCGUAUUAAAGGAUCUUCGGAGUAAUCCUUCCAUGUCGUCAGUUGGUUUUUAAGGCAAGAUGGAAGUACGUAAUAUGAUAAUAUAUUUUACUUUUAAUUCAUGCAACCUGAAGACAUCGAAACGUAUUUAAUUAAAUUCCAGAAUAGCAAAUCAAUAAACACGAAAGUCUGGACUUGUCUGAUGACAAAUAUAGAUGUUAAACCAUUUUUUGUAGAAUUCUUGAACUUAUCUAUAAUGUCUGUCUAUAUUCAAGUUAUAUAUGUGUUAGAUAUAAUAUGAACCCUCGUAAUUUAUUUCUAUGGCAAUAUGUAUCAUAUAUAAGUAAGAACUGCUAUUGUAAAAUACACUGUAUCACCUAAAUAUUAAAAACCA